AGUUCGACGACUUCAGUCACGUUGCUAAGUACCAAAAACUGUGAUCCAUAAAACCAAAAGAUAAUUUUAAAGUUACCAGCAAUGGCUUUAGCAAAAGAAAGUGUCUCAACAGUCUGUCCAAACUGUAAAACAUCAAUAGCUACAGAGAUUGAACCAAGACCUUCAUGGAAAACUCAUUUGACAGCAUUAAUUUUGUGUUGUGUUGGUUUAGUUUGUUGCACAUGCUGGCCAUAUAUUGCCGGUUGUUGCAGUAUUCCAAAACAUAUGUGCCCUCAGUGCAAAGCUGUGCUUGGCGAGUUUCACGAAUGACCAAUGAACUUAAUAAUUUUUGCACCUUUAUCAUUGUUAGAAAAAAUCAUAAAGCUACUAUUUACUUCCAUCCAUCACUUGUCUGACAAAAGCGU